UCCUAGCCCAACCGUCAGGUAUCAACCUAUUAAGAGGCAACAGGCUGGUUCUUCAUCCAGCAGUAUUUGGACAUUAUGGCCAAUCAAACAGUCAGAACUAAAUUUCAAACUUAAGUUACCAUUCAACUGUCAUCAGUGCUCUUAGGAAGGAUCAGCUAACAAAAGUCAUUGAUUUUUUCACGCACGCGGAGGAAGUACGCGUUCCAGCCAUGCAGCCGAGCUCGAGAUCGCCAGUAAUACCUUUAUAUUAGUUCGGACUGCUCAAGUAGUACUGUAAUUUCUUACCAGCCCAAUUUUCACCCUUGAAUUAGGUUUGGUUCCUAUGCGGUUCGGAAGAGCCAGAGGCUAGAUCUUCCAAGGGAGCUUUCCUAAUCUCAUUCUGUAUGAUAAUUUUGCUGAUUUGUCGUGAGUGCGGAGGAUAUGGAUUAGCGUCGACACACUAGCUGUCGUUCAUUGGUUGUCAGCGGUGGGAGAGAGACGACCAUCUCUCAGUGCUGUUCGUGGCAGUAGUCACGAUCUGUAAAGGAACUGGGACCUUUCAAAACAGGUGCGUGGACAGAAUGAUUGUGUAGUGUACCUGCUGGGACCAAACAAGAAACAUCAUGUCUAGAGGUCAGGCUGAGCUAGAGAUUGAACUCUUGGAGCUGACAACAGUCACCCCGUCCAACGUCAGUCAGAAUGCUUCCUGUAUGGGAGUUGGUUGCAACAAUACCGGAUUAUCACCUAUGUACGAAUUUGAAAGACUGGUUAGCAUCAUCGUACCAACUAUAUUUGGGGUAGUAUUCAUCCUGGGACUAAUUGGAAACCUCAUGGUCAUCCUCGUGGUCGUGUCCGACAAAAAAAUGAGGAAUACAACCAAUAUCCUCAUCCUCAGUUUGGCUUUUGCUGAUCUCUUCUUCAUCAUCUUCUGUGUGCCAUUUACAGCAGCAGGAUAUGCCUUGCCUGUCUGGCCAUUUGGAAACGCGUGGUGCAAGCUGACACAGUUCAUGGCUUACGUUUGUGCCACCGCAAGCGUCUACACUCUUGUCCUCAUGUCUCUUGAUAGGUACCUAGCAGUAGUCCAUGCCAUCAGGUCAAUGCGAUACAGGACCGAGAGGAACACGUGGCUGGCCGUUGUAGUAACUUGGGGAGGGAUUCUCUUAGGCAACAUUCCAAUCCUGUUCCAGUAUGGUGAAUUGGCUUACCAACACGAUUUUGAAAACAGAUCCGCCUGCCUCAACGUGGCAAGUGUAAAGGAUCCUCAAGUUGGCAUGAUCUUCUUUUCCUGCUUCCUUGCCUUCGGAUACGCGAUUCCUCUCGGCGCAGUCUGUCUCAUGUAUGGCCUUAUGCUUAAGCGACUUCUGUAUGGGGUUGUUCCUGGUGGCAACCAAUCUGCGGAGAGUAUCCGGGCUAAGAAGCGAGUUACUAGAAUGGUCAUUAUCGUUGUUGUCUCUUUCGCACUCUGUUGGCUACCAAUUCAGAUUAUUCUUAUAAUCCGUGCAUUUGGCCAUUACCCACACGACAUGGGGUUCGUUGGACUACAAAUGGCUGCCAACUGUCUGGCCUAUAUGAACAGCUGUGUAAACCCAUUUCUUUACGCAUUUUUGUCUGAAAACUUUAAAAGGAGUUUUCGAAAGUUUAUCUGUUGUUUCUCGGUAACGCGGCUUAUGGAUUACGAAAGGACAAACAUCCGCAGUGAAAAGGAUUCCAAAAGCACGUGUAUCACAAGGACAACUUUGAAUAACGUGUGACAAUACAUAGCUGGAUGUGACUUCUAUAUGCAACUCAGACAUACGUAUGACUUCAUACGUAGGUCUGUGUACCUGUUAAAUUUCAUGCAAAAGUCCGGAUAAAAAUAUUAUCUUGUGUCUAAAACUGCUUCAGACACGCGCGUGAACGCUGCGAGUGUCAAACUUAAGAUUCGCCGUCCAUUCAUAGCUGCUUAUCGCUGAUGCAGCUCGUUGAUGUUAUACACCUAAAGUACCAUGUGACUGACACGUGACCACAUUCACGUGAUAAACAUGUGACUAGAUCACGUGAUGGGACAGAUCAGUGUCGAUAGAACACGAUAACUUCAGUGAGACAACUGCAUAUUCUGUCUAUCCCUCUAAAGACUUCACGUAUUUGCGACUGGUCAUAUAUGAUUGUACUUGUACUAUGGUAUGUCUUUCAUUUUUUGCAGUGGGAUAUUUAAAUGUUUAGUGAUUCAUGUGGCAAUGGUGAGUCAACACUGGGCUGUUUUUCACAGUGUGUUUCGGGUAUAUACACUAUUAUUGUUCUGGGACCAUUCGUACAACUGAUUGACACUGAGCGCCCAAACUGACCCCUUUUAGCGCUUCGUGGCAUUCAGAUGUGCAGUGAUCUCUGAUCAGUUUGUUAUUAAGCAGAGACGUUAUGCAGUGUAGACGAUUAAUAUGUAUUCAUGAAAAUAAAAGGAUGUGUGAUUUAUUGCGUAUAAUGUCCUGUGCCCGGUAAAUUAUGUAAAGUCGUAUUUGCUCUACGCCUAUAUUGUAUUCAUAACCAGAACUGCAAUUUAUUUGUAAACAGAUCAUCAUUAUAGAGCAGUCUUGUUAUACUUGUUCGCUUUUAUAGUUUGUAGAGUCACAUACUAACAUUUGUCCCAUCAUCCUUGGUAUAUUCCGUGGACAUAUGUAAAUGAUUGUAUAUUUUAAUUGAUCGGACGUACCUGCCGUCUUAUUGUUUUGAUUCCAAAAAUUGUAGAAAUAUAUUUUCAUCACAAAAUUGUGUUCUUCUCAAGUUGCAACUUUGGGCUUAUUGUUGUUUGGAAAUAAAACUAAAGAUUUUU